AUGACCGAAACGCCACUAGUGGGCGCUUAUCUGGAGGCAUGUCGAAUCUUAAGCAUACCUCAGAUUUUAACCGAGCAAUACCCUAAAGGUUUGGGUCCCACUGUUCCUGAGCUGGGGGCCGAGGGCUUGAAGCCUCAUACAAAGACCAGUUUCUCCAUGCUGACGGAGAGUGUGGAGAGCUCACUCAAAAGCCUGGGAGACCCUCAGCAGGUCAUAUUAUGUGGCAUUGAGGCUCAAGCGUCCAUUGCGUGCACAACCUAUGAUCUCCUGGAGCGAGGCAUGGAGGUUCAUAUCGUAGCAGAUGCCGUCUCUUCUCGAAGUCAGACAGAUCGUCUUUUUGCACUGUCACGACUGAAGCAGAGUGGGGUGUUUCUCACCACUACAGAGGUAGUUUUAUUACAACUAGUGCAGGAUGCCAAGCACCCCAACUUUAAAGAGAUCCAGAAGCUCUUGGCUCACCCCUCCCCUGAUACAGGCCUGCUGGCCUUCUACAGCUCUCUGUAGGGCCAGUCACACACCACACCCUGCAGACAUAAUUACAUCAAUUACUAGAAAUCAGCACAAACCGCUUUCUG